UUGGCGAGCACGCGCAAUUUAAGUCCACGAGACCGCAAGAACCACAUGAAGUGCGCCAUUUGGAAUAGGGCCUUUCUUCCGUUAAAGAUUUUGUCCGACACCGCUCUCUACACUAAAGUGACAAAAUUGCAUUUAUUGUAUAUGACUAAAUGGCAGACAAGAUCUUGAAAGAACUUCGGAUUCGUCUGAAGGAGGGUUUGACCGAGCCCGUCAUCCAGAAUCUGGUGGAUGAUCUUCUUAAGGACGAAGUAUUGAACAAAGACGAGACGGAAGCUAUACUGCACAGGACCAAAACCCGAUCGGAUCAGGCUCGCGCCAUGAUUGACAGUGUGGAAGUGAAGGGAUGUGAAGCAAGCGAGCGUUUUUUUUCCUCCUUAGAAAACAAUGACAAAACUCUUUACAAAAAAUUGACAAUAUCCAGCCGUUUAGAAGCUCUUCUACCUAAGGCAACAGCGACCUCUAGCGUCAGCCAUGAGACCCCAGGUAGUCAUAAGACAUCCUUUUCAAAUAGAGAAGAGUACAAAAUGGAGAGUAUUCCACGUGGACUCUGUGUUAUUAUAAAUAAUGAGAACUUCAAAAACCUUCAAAUGAAGAGGAAGGGAUCCCAUUUUGAUGCUGCCUCUCUGCAGGAUGUGUUUUAAUUUUUGGGCUUUGUGGUGGAGAAGCAUAACGAUUUGGACGCCAAUGAAAUAAAAAAUCUUAUGACAAAAUACAGUAAGGAUGGCCGUCAUGGAGACUGCUUUGUCUGCUGUGUGCUGAGUCAUGGAGACCAAUGUGGUAUCCUUGGGAAAGAUGAGGAAAGGUGUACCUUGAAGGACAUAAGAUCACCAUUUGAUGGUGUCAACUGUCCCUCUCUUGUUGACAAGCCUAAAGUGUUCUUCAUUCAGGCAUGUAGAGGUUGUGAGAUGCAGAGAAAAGUUGUGGUUAAAGCAGACGCUUCAGGUGGUGAACCUGACCAAGAAUUCAACCAUGUCCCGGAUGAAUACACCAUUGCCAGUGGUUCCGAUUUUUUGACAGUCAUGUCUACGGUUGAAGGAUGUCGUGCAAUGCGAAAUCCAGGCAGUGGAUCAUGGUUUAUACAGUCCCUCUGCAAGCAUUUAAAGGAUGGAAGCCAACGGAGUGAGGACAUCUUGAAGAUCCUCAUUGAUGUCAAUGAUGAAGUAAGCAGGAUAGAGGCAACUAUAAUGAUUAACAAGAAGAAAAUCGAUGCCAAGCAGAUUCCGGAGCCCCAGUUCACUUUGAGGAAAACUCUCAUUUUCAGAGUUCCUGAGGCUCAGUCUGGUUAGAAGAUGAUACACACCUCCACCACUGUCACUUGUUAAGAAGAAAAGAAAAUCGACAUCAUUCUCACAGUUCACAUUCCUGAGAAGAUCAACAGCACAAAAGAAUUUCCAGUCUUCUACUUUGUUUAUAAUUGUUUAGUUAAAAAUGCAUUUAAUCACGUAAUUAUUUUUUAUUUUCAGAAUUAUGAAAUAUGUAUUUUCCUGUUUUUAUUGCUUUUUAUAAUGGCAUUUUAAAGAUGCAGUUUGUAACCUUUUUGCAGUAAAAUAUCCAAAAACCACUAUGUGCCACUUGUUGCAACAAGGUUAAGGCUCUAGACGUCAUAGGUGAAAACUUCCCGUGAAUUUUGGUAUAGGUGGAUCAACCUGAGGUCCUGAGCACAUAAGCCAGUGAUGGAAACCAGUGAUUGAUGUCAGUGAAAUCAUGAAUAAAACGUUU